CUGGUGCCCGGCGUCGGGGCGGUCGCUCGGGGUGUCCCGGUGGGAAUCCUUUCCCGGAGGGGCUGGGGUCCCAUCCGUGCCGCUCCGCGGGGGUUAUCUUCUUCCCCUGUGGUGCCGGCUUUUGCAGGAAGGGAGGGAUAAAGUGUUUGGAAACGAACACUUUCACCAGACGGGAUCUUCCGGGCGCUUCACCCUCCGGGUCCGCUCCAGUUCCGAACGCAGCCCCAUGGCGUUGCUCCUGAGACUCGGCUGCUCGCUGCUGGCCCUCAGCAUCUGCCUGCUCCCGACGGCGCGGGCUGACUGCGGCCGCGACUGCGCCGCCUGCGCCUACCGCCUGGGACCCCGCGCCGCCAUCCACCCCCUGGCAUGUACACUAGAAUGUGAAGGRAAACUGCCUUCUGCCAAAGCCUGGGAGACCUGCAAGGAGCUCUUGCAACUGGCAAAGCUGGAUCUUUCUGAGGAUGGCAACAUUGCCCYAGGAGACAAGAAGGAGUUGGAUGAGAACCAUUUGCUUGCGAAGAAGUAUGGAGGCUUCAUGAAAAGAUAUGGGGGGUUCAUGAAGAAAAUGGAUGAUCUCUACCGGGCAGAACCAGAGGAUGAAGCAAACGGAGGAGAAAUCCUGGCUAAGAGGUAUGGAGGGUUUAUGAAGAAAGACUCGGAUGAUGAUGCCCUUGCCAAUUCCUCUGAUCUGCUGAAGGAGCUUCUGGGAGCAGGGGACAACCCUGAAGCGGCACACUAUCGAGAGAUAAAUGAAAAYGAUGGUGAUGUCAGCAAAAGAUAUGGAGGCUUCAUGAGAAGCAUAAAGCGCAGCCCUGAAUUGGAAGAAGAGGCCAAAGAGCUGCAAAAGAGAUAUGGUGGCUUCAUGAGAAGAGUUGGCAGACCAGAGUGGUGGCUGGAUUACCAGAAACGAUAUGGUGGCUUUCUUAAGCGCUUUGCCGACUCCAUUCUCCCUUCAGAAGAAGAUGGAGAAUCUUAUUCCAAAGAAGUCCCAGAGAUGGAAAAGAGAUAUGGUGGUUUUAUGAGAUUUUAAUACCUUUCCCUUUAUCCCUUUUGUCCUAAAUGAGAAAGACUGCCUUAUUUGUCAUAACUUAUUGUAACGUGUUGCUUGUACUGUACAGUUUUUUACUGUCCUUGGUUCAUGAUGCAAACUGCGAUUUGUUGUUACAAGUUCUUUGUUCUUUCAAGUCAAAUAACUUGUUUAGUCAAGUUUUAGUCUGUAUUGUAGUUUCCAUGCUAGAACGAGUUUGAUUACUGUAUUCAUUUUCUUUAAAGAGGAAUACAUCUACAGUAGAGUUGCUUAACUGUACAUACAAUAAAUUCUUCAUCCUAACUGCAAAAAUUCUGAAGUGCUAUUUUAUUUUCUCUCAGUCAUUUAAUCAAAUAUCAUCUAAAUUUUUCUUUAAAUCAUCAGAGCAAUGCCAACCUUUUUUUCUGUAAUUACAGAAUUUGUAGUGCAUACACAAUAGCCAAAACAUAUUUUUGGUUUUAGUUUUCUCAGUUUCUUAGAACACUAGAAUAAUAAAUAAGCUCUAAAGCAAAUAUAACUGUAUUUGCUCUAGCUGCUCRUAUUUUAAUCAGUUAACUGAAAAAUAUUUAAAGCCUACAUUUAUAAUUCAUAGUGUUCAACCAGUUGACAUAAAAAAAGAAAGAUUACAAGUGUGUUUGACUUUAAGCACUGAAAUAAUUUCUCCAGUGUACAAUACAGUGGCAUGUUUGAUUAGUUACAUCUUUUAUAUACAUCCAGUAUAGGACUGUGCACUUGGCCUUAAAAUAAU